AUGCCGCCACGACCAAUUGUAAACGACGCCCUGUGGAGAUGUCUCUGCCCGAGAUACUACCUAUCCACGGCUCCCACACGGUGCGCCGCCGUAAAAGAUGCUCCCAACGGGACGGCGCAUAGAGCAGGUGCACGGAAAGGCCCAUUGCGCACAUACAGCACCUCGCCGCCCACGACCGAGAAUCCCUUCGCACUAUCUACCGGCUAUUUCAGCAGUUCGAGAGCGCCCAACCAGCCCGUCCGCUCCGCUCCACCCCGCCGCAGCCUGCGAGAGAAGGUGCCCCUCGUUCACCUUCCGACCCCCGAGCUCUACGAACGACUGCGCAUCGAUGGCGCGGCAGGACGAUAUGAGGAGACGAUGAACAUCAUUAAGAUACUCAUUAAGGACCGACGGGAGAGACCAAAUGGGCAUAUGUACACGGCCAUACUGCAUAGCUAUGCGAAUUGCGAGGAGGGGACCGCUGGGAAGCUGAGGAAGGUGCUGGAAGAGAUGGAGAGCGCGGGCGUCGAAUUGGACGCGAGAGGCGCCGAAUGCGUUUUAGAGGCACUUGCUGUCCACCCAGACUACCUUUUGCGGAACGAGAUUCUAGACUACAUGAAGGAACGAUGGUUCAAUCUGUCCGACCGUGGCCACAACUUCGUUGUAGCGGGGCUCCUGCGCGACCGCCUCUUCGAAGUAGCGCUCGAGAAGCUGGACGACAUGGUGAGGCAUAGGACCAAGGUGGAGGGCUGGCUGUGGGAUAAAACCAUUUGGAUGCUCCUCGAGUUUGGCGAGGUGGAAGAGGCCUUCUACGUGCUCAGCGUUAGGCAGAGCGUGGAGGGACAAGGGGUCAAGCUAAGCAAUGCGCUCUGGCUGCAGCUGCUCGACGCUGCUGGGAAGAGGCACCUUCACGAAGCCGCGAGCAUGAUAUGGAACACCCAAGUGGUGCCAGGCUACGUCAAGCCACCAACCGGAACCUGCCUCAAUGUCCUCUCUCUCGCUUCGCGCGACGGCGACGUAAAGUUGGCGACCGACGUCUUCCGUGUCCUAGCCGAACGCGACACCAUCUUCACUGCGCACCACUAUGAAAUGCUCAUCGAAUGCUACCUCACCUCCAACGACCUCCCUGCUGCUCUCUCUGUCAUUCUCAUCAUGCAAGACUCCGGCAUCAAAAUUACAUCAGACACACUGCACCCGCUCUACACCUACCUCAGCAAACAAGAGUCGAGGCCCAUGGAGGCAUUUGCACAGUUACAGGACCUUGAAGGCGGUGGCAAGAGAAUUCCGACUGCAGCUGUCAAUGCGUGCCUGCAAGCUUCAGUUUUCCUCAACCGUCUCGCCGAGGCCAUAGAAAUCUAUAAAGUGCUCCACACGGUCAGCAAAGCCGGCCCCAAUACAGCCACAUUCAACAUCCUUUUCCAGGGGUGCCACAGAGCAGGGCGCAAGGAGCUCGCCAUGUUCCUUGCGAACGAGAUGAUCCAGGUCGAUGUCCGCCCGGAUCGCAUCACUUACGACCGACUUGUCCUAGUCUGCAUGAGCGCUGAGGAUUUGGACGACGCGCUCCUCUAUUAUGAGGAGAUGCGAAGCCAGGGCUUCAUGCCCAGGCGCGGGACACAUGAGAUGCUGAUCAAAAAGAGUUUGGAAAAGGGCGACGGGCGAUGCGUGGCCGUUUUGAAAGAUUACGCGGCGAGCGGGCAGAGUGAGGCGAGGGUUGCUAUGUUUCAGCGCAUGGUCAAAGAGAAGUUUGACGAGAGUGAGAAUGGUAGGACAGAGAUGCUCGAACAAGAAGGCAAAGCGGCACCGAAGAGCGUCCAAGCUGGCGAAGAAGGCAUGAUGUCGAAUGUUCAUGUUGAGAGGAGCGGGGAGAGAUAG